AUGAAGCUCCCGCCCUGCUCCGAGCUGGGCCGGCUCCGCAGCGGUGCGGCCUGCGACUCUCCACAAGUCCGUCUGUGGUUCCGACUUCCCACGGGCUGCAUCUCCUGUCAGUUCACCUGGCUGUGUGGGGUAGUCAUGGACCUGCCGCCUGACGUCACGGAGCCCAGGUGGAGUCCGGGGAGCGCGAGGCGGGCCUGUCAGCAGAGCGAUGUGGACUACGAGGAGCUGGGGCUGCCCCGGGAGAUGACCGUCUGGGUGGACCCUGGUGAGGUGAGCUGCAGGUAUGGGGAGAAGAACGAGCCCAUCAGCGUGGCCGUGCUGAAAGGCCAAGGCGAGAACCAGCAGCUCUCCCAGCGGAUCAACAGUGCCGUGGAGAGGGCCACCUCCGACUACUACUCCGGCACCUCCUCUGACGAGGAGGGGACCAGCAGCACCGGUGUCUCUCAGCCCAAAACCAUCCCCACGGUCAGCAACCCCAACAGCAUCUACCAGGCUGGAGACUUUGGUCCACCUCCUGCUCAGCCCUGGGCCCCUUAUCCCAAGAGGAAGGCCUACCAGGGAGAUGGCUACUACCCUCCUCACAAAGCCCACAAGAGCUACAGGCCCUCGUCGGGGUUCUCCGGGCCGCGUGUGGACCGAUGUAUCUGCCUGUCAGGCCAAAAUGGUUGUAACUGGCGCCUGCCUUGGCGUCAGCGUCCGGGGCAGAGACAGGAAGGAGACCCAGGGCUCCACCAGCGCCGCUCAGGGGGUCUCGCCUUCCCUGUCCGCCUGCAGGUGGUGGACGAGGGCCCGGGGACGGGGCCCUUCGCCCAGUUCUCCAACGUCCAGUCCGUCCUGAUCACGGGCUACAUCGACAGCUCCGACACCUCCGAGGGCAUCAUCACCUACUCCACCGACCUGUUCUACCGCUUCAACUGCCGCUACCCGCUGGAGUACCUGCUGGAGAACGUGCCGCUCAUCACGUCCUCCAUCUCGGCAGCGAUCAACGGCAACAACGGCUCCUUCAUCAGCACCCUGAGCUUGAAGAUCUACAAUGACUCCACCUACACCUCUCAGCUGGUCGUCCCAGACACCGGCAUUCAGCUGAGGACCAAAAUCUACGUGGAAGUGGGCGCUAGAAACCUCACCGGCAACUUCAAUGUGCUGCUCGACCACUGUUUUGCCACUCCCUCGCCUUUCGGCACGACGACUGUGAAGCACACCUUCUUCAUCGGGUGCACCAAAGACGCCAGGACGACGAUUCUGGCGAACGGCGUGGGUCAGAGCUCACGCUUCCUCUUCGACGCCUUCCGCUUCAGGGAGCAGCUGAACUCCACCGUGUACCUGCACUGCGUGACGCGUCUCUGCGAGCCCAGCACCUGCCAGCAGCUGCUCUCGACCUGCAACAGUGGGAAUGGGAGGAAGAGGAGGGCAGCUGAAGCGUUCGGGACCGAAACUCAAAACUCUGUCACAGUCUCCUCGGGCCCCCUCCAAGUCACGGACCGCGAAUCUGGUGUACUGUUUCUUCAACUCAUCGAGGCCGGGCAGGUUGUUAAGCAUGUUUUUGUGGCUGAAAAGGCAGCAGAGACAUAG